AUGAAUAGAGAGACUAAUUUCUUUCUUAGACUUCAAGUGAAACAGGUCCCUCAAGGGAUAUUCAUCCAUCAGGAGAAAUACACCUCAGAACUUCUAAAGAAAUACCCAAUGGACAACUACUCCUCUCCCAAGGUCCCAAUGGUCUUCGGAUAUAAAAUUUCUACUGAUUCGUCCAGAGAAUCAGUAGACCACAAAACUUAUAGAGGAAUGAUUGGCUCAUUGAUGUACCUCACCGCAAGCAGACCAGACAUUGUCUUCGCAACAGGCCUAUGCGCAAGAUACCGGGCCGAUCCGAAAGUAUCACAUAUGACUGUAGUUAAGCAAAUUCUCAGAUACUUGAAGGGAAGCAAAGCUCUUGGCCUCUGGUAUCCUGCAGCGAACGACUUCAUUCUUCAAGCAUUCACAGAUGCGGAUCAUGUCGAAUGCAGAUUGGACAGAAAAAGCACUUCCGGUGGCUGUCAAUUUCUCGUUGGAACACUCAUCAGCUGGUCAUCAAGGAAACAAAAUUGUGUCUCAUUGUCUACCGUAGAAGCUGAAUAA